GUUUAAGCGCACGGACUUCCGAGCUGACGUGCACAGUAUUAGUGCAAGUUGACUUUGUUUGCGUCAUCGCUGACGUGCGACCAGUUUUCUAUAGAAUGACGCUAUCUAGGGUUACAGGGUCACGUGAUAAGACACUAAUGUUGCUUUUCAUAGGAAUGCGUAAGGUACCAUACAAUGCCCACUGUUCAGCUGUCUGUUCCUAAAAUAGCUUAAUUCAUCAACUUGCCCAACCCAAUAAUCAAUACGGAUGUUCUGUACUUAAGCAGGUACCAAAAUGAUCGGCAAGCAAGUUAUAGCUCCACUCUGGCGGUAGACUAAUGGUGAAUAUCGAAUAAUAACUGUUACUGUCACUCAAAUGGAGUCAGUUCACCAGCCAAAAGUCAACCUCUCCUUUUCCAUUGAAAAUAUUUUACGGGACGAUUUCCCUCACCGACAGGGAGCAAACGGCUGCAAUUUUAUAUCACAGCAUGAAUCCAGUUUUGAGCGAUGGUCAAACACAGCUGUUUAUCCGCCAUAUCAUGCAGUUCAUUACAGUCCUGUUAUUGUGAAAAGUCUGCCCAAUAGACCGCAAGGUCAGAUUUUAUUUGAGGAGCAUAACAAGAUGGAUGACUGUUCAAACUGCAAGCACGAAGCAUUACGGCAUGAAAACGACCCCAAAAUAAACAACAGAGAAGUUAAGGAAUUCUUCAACUCGAAAGCGUGCCGUAAUGGGGUUGGCGCUCAAAAACGGAAGCGAAGAAAUCGCAGCCAUUUCACCCAGCAUCAACUGCAGUAUCUGGAGAGGCUGUUUUCCUGCCAAAAGUACCUAACACGGGACGAACGCAUGGUCUUAGCGAGGAGCCUGGAUAUGACUGAACUUCAGAUCAGAAACUGGUUUCAAAACCGGAGAUACUUGAAACGACGUCGAGCCAACGAAAACUCAAAACAGGAUAAACCAGCUGAGAUUCUUCCACGUGUGCUCAGGUUCAAAACUGACAAAGAACCAAGAUGUUUUGUGGAACUAAAAUAGAACAGUUAGCAGUGGCAAACGGGUAGGUUCUCCGAGCCACAUGACAUCAUGAAAAUUAGUGCAAAUGUUUUUAGUUGUAGUAAAAGCCAGAAAUGCCGCUAUAAGAUGCACCUUUAAUUUUGAAUUUAAACCUUAGCGUGUUCGAGGGGUUUCGAUUGACUUGCAACUAACAACAAUUGCGAGAAGACCCAUGAUCGAGUCGGCUGAAAAACUAGCAUCGAGAAAGAAUGGGGUUAGCUAAUAUUUUUCCACUAGCCAUUCUAUACCCAGCUGCCUCAGUAAACGUCUUGGAGAGGCUAUCAAACAAGGCCAAAUCACUUAUUAUCUCGCUAGGUGUUCUUUGGUAAUCUAUAUUCAACACCUGAUGUAUAUUUUUAAGUCGAUACGACCCUGAGUUCUGGUUACAACUUACUCAGUCUAUGUCGACAGUAAUGAUUAAUGGAGCGAACCUUUCCUUCUUUAGCCACCUAUCUUCUCCAUAAACUUUCAUAUACUGCUUGCGAUAUUUCUCGAGUACAAUUUAAUCCCAUACAUUGUUAAGUUUCGCAUAACUAACUGGUCAGAAGUGAUCAUAGUUUUAGCUUGUAGAAAUGAUUGCUACAAAGAUAUGUGUUUCAUCGCGGUUACCUACACCAGCGUAGCGUUAAAAUGUUAGAUGGUUUCUUGAAAACAAGCUAUACUGGCAAAGAAACACUACAAAACAACUAUACUGAAGCAGGUAGAGCAGUAUGCUCUUUUACUAAUAAUAAAUCGCUUGACGUCAAAACACCGCGCCCUUUAGUGAGUCUGUGCCGCUUUCUUAAAUUAUAAGUUGCACUUUUAGCGUGUUCGAGGAGUUCCGGUUGACUUGCAACUACCGACAAUUGCGAGAAGACCAUCGAGUGAAAAAGAGAAAGGCACAAAGGGUUGGCUGACAUUUUUCCACCAGUCAUUCUACCUAACUACCUAAACGUCAAGGAGAGGCUAUCAAACAAGGCCAAACCACGCACUGUCUUGUAUAGACGGUUCUGCGGUAAUCUAUAUAUAUUCAACACCUAAUGUAUAUUUUUAAGUCGAUACGACCCUGAGUUCUGAUUAUAACUUACUUAGUCUAUAUCGGCAGUAAUGAUUAAUGGAGCGAACUUCUCCUUCUUUGGCUACCUCCGUAUCCUCUCCAUAAACUUUCAUAUAACCUCGCGAUAUUUCUCGAGUAUAAUCACAAGCAUUGUUAAGUUUCGCAUGACUUACUGAUUAGAAAUGAUCAUGGUUUACCUUCAAGAAAUGAUUGCUCAAGAGAUGUGUGUUUCAUCGGGGUGAACUACACCCGCGCAAAGUUAAAAUUUUACAUUUUGUCUUGAAAACAACCUAUAUUGGCAAAGAAACACUAGAAAACAACUAUACCGAAGCAGAUGGAGCAGUAUGCUCUUUUAGUAAUAAUAAACCGCUUGACGUCAAAACACCGCGCCCUGUAGUAAGUCUUCGUCAGUAGUCUUUGUUCACCGUUAUUUAUAACUUACGGUAUAUAAACGACAUCAACAUUUAAUUGCUUUACAAUAUUGAGCGAUUCGUCUGAAAGCAGACAGCUAGUGACUAAAGGUGAUUAAGAGAAUAUCAAGUAAGCCGACAUGACAUCACCUUGUUGUUUCACCAAAUUUACCGAACUAUAAUGUUAAAGAAACAUAACGCUAACAGUUAUGAGUGUUUUUGUAAUAUUGGUGCUAGGUUUUUAGCCAGAACUACUGUCACGGCAGAAGGAGUAACAUUGCAACGCGGACAUAAGACCGCCGCCAAAGCUUCUUCAAUCGGAUUAUGCAUUGCAAACUGCCACUCCCAUUUGCAAAACAACUGAGCGGAACAGAAGAACAGAACAAAGGGUUUUUGUAAGGCAACUGAUAUUGAAUGUAAAUAAAUAAAACCCACCCACACUGUGCCGGAGAAAAUUAGUACAUUUCCUGUGAUAAGUUCUUUUUCCGCGUUCUCAAAGCACAAACCCACGAAACAACAGAUGCAGUCUUAUGGAUCACACAAGGCUAGUUAUAACUUAACGUAAUGGAAAAUUAGUAUACCAUGCUCAUUUCUUGAUUAAUCAUAUCGCUCAAACAAGUGGAGUUAUAAUGAACCGAUCGACUCGGAAUUUUCUUUACUUCAGUACAAACUAAUAGCUACAAAACAUUGCGACCGUUCCCACUUUUAUCCUUAAUAGCUCAUUCUCGUAUUGACGCAAUCCCGCUCUUGGCAGCUAGCUAAACUUCAUUUCCUCUACAUUGCCUCUGAACAAUAUCUAAACGACCUCCUCCGAAAUUUUUAUACAAAGUACUAUAAGGCGUGACUUGUAAGCAGACAGCUUAUUAAAAAAGAAUAAAGGAAAAAACAUCCGCUAGGAGAUAUUGUCUUCAUGUGUCAUUAAAAAUCUCACAAUUAACAUUAAACGAAACUUAUGAGGCAAAGUGAGGAGAAUGUACGUUUUGAGCUUAGCCUGGGUGCGCAGUUAUCUCGCUAUACGGGUCUAUUGUUAAAAGUCACCCUGGUGAAUUGAUAUAAUGCUUGCAUAGUGGGUGUGAAGUGACGUCGCCAACGCUUGUUGGAUUAAACAGUAAAACUACAAAAUCAUUGAAGCAAAACACUUAACUGUUAUUUUAUGGUAUAAUACGAAAAAAAUAACACUCUUUUAACCCGUUUAUCUAAACCCUCUCAGCUAUUGACGUGUUUGCUUAAAUAAAGCUGACACUGUAACCUCACAAUAAAAAGAUGGAAUGGCUUAUUGCCAGUUAUGAUUUUCUGUUGAAAACUGUGUUUCGUUGAUUUGAUUGCUUACGUAGUCUCCAGCAUCUCUCGAACCCAAAGUUUCGAUUUCAAAGUCUUUACACAGCCAGGCAAGCAGCCGGCCAAGUUAAAAAGACAAGUUCUGUAUACUGACCAGAAUGAAUUUUGUUUUGAAUGUUGAUUCGCAGAGUUCGAUAGUUCAUCAAGGCAAUAUGGCUGCUGGUCCAAGUCGAUAAGUAUUCCUUCACUUAUCGCAACUUUGCUUGACAAUGUAGUGAUAAAAUAGAAAUAAUACAAGCAAAAACGCAAUCAGCUCAUUCGCCAAUAAGCCGAAAGAGGCCGAAUCAGCAAAGAAGCUAAGAUAUUAAAGUCAAAAAAUAUGUUUAAAUGUUGUUGUUUAUAUAAUGGCCAAUGUUUACAAUAUUUACUUUAUAUAAGCCCAUAGAAAGAUCAUUCACUGAAUAUUCGCGAGACAAUCAGUCUUUCGUUAACGAAUUUAAGGAGGCAAUGACAUUUACUCAAUGCCACCUACUAGUAACUAUGAAAGAAAUUUUCUUUAAAACUGGCUACGUGUUAUAACAGGCCAAAAUAACAGGCCAAGCUUCGACCUUUGAUAAAUUAUUUUCUCUUCUCUAACAUCACGUGCUGCCACAUUCUCGUCAAUAAUCCUAGUUGACGUCGGACGGUUUAAAAUACAUGCAAUGCGGUACUCCAUCCACCACCGCGACCCUUCCAUUAAGAUUUCCUGUGCACUGUGUUUACCGACUCCGACAGACAUUUCUUCUGAAAAGGCAGUUGAAAAAGUGACUUUAUGUCACAGAUUGAUAUAAGGGACAUUGCCCGAAAAUAAUAUAUAAACUGA